AUGGGAAAAGGGUUAAGGUCAAAAGUGAAAAGAAGAUUUCGUACCAUCAAAAGGAUUCAUGUUAGAGAACAUGUGGAAAAACCAAAUCUGAAAAAAUUAAACGACAGAAUUAAAUCAAUGCUUAAUAAUAAAGAUAUAUAUCAAGAUUUAGUUAGACCCCCCAAUAAAUUCUUACAUCCAGAUGAUGAAAAUGCCGUAAUACCACAACAUAAAAUAACAAAGAAAAUAGAUUUCAGAUCUGAAGCCUUGCCGUUAUCAG